AUGGAUUUGAUCUUUUCUUGUGUUCUUGUGAUAAGUAUCUUCUUCAAAAGGGCAACCGGCCCUGGACUUGAGUCCCUUGUAGAUCAGACAAUCUUGAUCAUUACCAAUGAUGGACGCAACAUUGUGGGCGUUAUAAAAGGCUUUGAUCAGGCUACAAAUAUCAUUCUCGACGAAUCUCAUGAACGUGUGUACUCUACCAAGGAAGGUGUUCAGCAACUUGUGCUGGGUUUGUACAUAAUAAGAGGAGAUAACAUAAGUGUUGUAGGUGAACUAGACGAAGAGCUUUAUUCUGCUCUUGACUUGUCAAACCUUAGAGCACACCCUCUGAUGCCUGUUAUCCAUUGAUAGAACUAUGAAAGUUUAUAGUUGAUAAGAACAGCACUUUGAACUAAGUUCCUAGGAAAACAUGCUAAAGAACAUAAAUAUGAUGAGAAACCAAAUGUGUAAUGAUUUUUGGAUGCAUUUCUAUCAUUUUAUUGGUAGCUGUUUACCUGCAUUCAUAUUGAUCAUAAUAUAGUGU